GAAUGCAUUUGUAGAGCAUUUGAAGAUGAUGAUAUCACUCAUGUUGAAGGAAGCGUGGAUCCCGUUCGUGACAUUGAAAUAAUUCAUGAAGAGCUAAGGCUUAAAGAUGAGGAGCUGAUCUUGCAAGGUAUAGACAAGCUAGAAAAAGUAGCUGUGAGAGGAGGAGACAAGAAACUAAAACCUGAAUAUGACAUAAUGUGCAAAAUCAAAACCUGGGUAAUUGAUGAAAAGAAAGCUGUCCGAUUCUAUCAUGAUUGGAAUGACAAAGAGAUUGAUGUUUUGAACAAACACCUAUUUUUUACAUCAAAGCCGAUGAUCUAUUUGGUUAACCUCUCUGAAAAAGACUACAUUAGAAAGAAAAACAAAUGGUUGAUAAAAAUUAAAGAGUGGGUGGACAAGCACGACCCGGGUGCUUUGGUCAUUCCUUUUAGUGGGGCCUUGGAACUCAAGUUGCAAGAUAUGAGUGCUGAGGAGAAACAGAAGUAUCUGGAAGAGAACAUGACACAAAGUGCUUUACCAAAGAUCAUUAAGGCUGGCUAUGCGGCACUCCAGCUAGAAUACUUUUUCACUGCAGGCCCAGAUGAAGUGCGUGCAUGGACCAUCAGGAAAGGGACGAAGGCGCCUCAGGCAGCAGGAAAGAUUCACACGGAUUUUGAAAAGGGUUUCAUUAUGGCUGAAGUAAUGAAAUAUGAAGAUUUUAAAGAAGGAGGGUCAGAAGCUGCUGUCAAGGCUGCUGGAAAAUACAGACAACAAGGCAGAAAUUACAUAGUGGAGGAUGGAGAUAUCAUCUUCUUUAAAUUUAAUACACCUCAACAACCCAAGAAGAAAUGAGUAUCAGAUGUUGUUCAUUGCUCGGAAAUGAACUGUGUGGCUUCAAAAAGUGUAUGAAUUUUUAUUUGGGAUGGAAUAUCUGGAAACAAAAAACAUACAGUUUGUACCUAGGGAAUCCCCCCCACCCCAGUAAAAUUAUUCCUGUUUGUUUUGAAUUAAAAUAUGGCACCUCCAGCGAACAUACAAGUUCACUAAAUGUGAACAGCUUUGCAUUUCAAACGAUUGAGACCCUACUCCAAAUUGUAGAAGCUUUUCAGGAACCAUAUUACUCUCAUGAUACUUCAUUAAUCUCCAUCAUGUAUGCCAAGCCUGACACAUUUGACAGUGAGGACAAUGUGGCUUGCUCCUUUUUGAAUCUACAGAUAAUGCAUG